AUGAUGCGAAUUGUGUGCCCCAAUUGUGGUGAAGAGCCACAGAAAGGACAGCGUCAUGUCUGCAGAGAGGGCGCAGAACGCGAGCGAGCCCUGCCUGGACUUCAGGCAGAGAGUGUUCGCCGGAGAACUGUGCCCUGUGCAACAGCAGGGUCAAUGUGUGCUUCCAUCGCUUCCUUAGCUUCGAAGAAUCCAGUUCUUUGGAAAUCAAAGCGACGGCUGGCCAGAUGUGGCGGGGAAGAAUUCGUGGCUGGCUUGAUCUUCAUGGCAGCUGGGCUUCCGAGCUGGAGCCGCGAUCCAAAGCGCACCUUGGUGGGUGCCUUCUGGACUGUUGCCACCGAGGCAGCCAAAGUCCUGCAGGGCUUUUGGCGACAGACUGCUCGGUCUGUGGACAAAGCUGCGCGUCAAUCUGGAGCAACCGAACACGAUCCGACCAAAACAUCUACGCACUGCGGUUUUCAUGGUCUGCCCUUGGCACAAAGGGACCGAACCAGUGGUGUUCGAUCUGAAUCCGAAGCGCCAACAAGCUCACCUCUGACACGAAAGGUCUCUGCAGAUACUGCCUCCCAGCCGCUGCAACCUGCGGUUCUGCGGAAGUCAAACCCUCGACCGACGCAAAGCCGCGCAGUCCCGCUGAACCCACUACAGGCGCUGAAGCAACGAGCACAGCAGCAGCAAGAGGUUGAGGAGAGGCGCUUGCAGCGGCGGCCAGCAGAGCAAGCUCGCCAAACUCGAGAGCCUGACGGCAAAGCUCCUCUAGGCCAGGGCUCGCAGAUGUCCUCCUCCCAGCACUCCUUCCAGUCGGAGGACAUUGAUCGGCGGCGCUCUGCUUCCCCUUGGCAAAGAUUUGAGGCACUCCCUGUCGCAUUGCCAGCGCCAUCGCAAUCACAAGACAGAGAGGUGCCAGAGAUGCAGGAUUCCACCACCGAUUCAACGCCAAAGCCAGAUGGGCCAUCCGAGUUUGCAGGACUUGCAGGCGAACACAUGCCAACUCCUCUAGAAAGACGUCAGCUUCGGCAGGAAGCAGAACUUGCGGCGCCUCCAUCGCCAAGGAAGGCAUUGGAUCCUUUUGGAGGUUACGGUCAAGCCACGCUGCCGUCGGUCGCCGCCACGGAGCGGCUGCGAGACAGAUUGCGCAAGCGCGAAGGCUCUGGCGGGAAGAGCGACAGGACGCCUCGGCCCUUGCCAGAGGCUGGCGCGGCCCAGGUGCACUGGAAGGAGCGGAUUGAGAUGAGACACAAAGAGACAGAGGUUCAACAAGUGCAAGAACAAGAAGAGAAGCUGCGCACCGCAGAGAGGAGCACCAAGCGAAACGAUGCCAUGCGUCGUGUCAUGGAGCGUAGAGAGCAACGUCUGCAAGAGGCUUGA